UGUUACACCUUCCACUAGUCGGAGUUAUCUCUAGGUAGCGCACCAGUUAAUCUCUAGUGGCCAGUGCAACAACCACACACGCUGGACUAAGGUACACCACAAACAACCACAACACCAACUGGACUCCAGACCUCUUCCGUCCGAGUAUAAAUAGCCCACUUCUCUGAUUGCUUCCAGCAGAAGAAGCCAAGAAUACUCUACAGAACGUACGGCAGAAAAUGGGUCUCCGUUGUUUGCAUGCCUCCAGCACCACCCGAUAUGGCAAGCUUCAAAUGAUCUACCACCUUUUGCUUUUCCAUGUGCACCCGUUCUGGCUGCAGCUCUUGUAUUUUGCAUCCAUCUCCGUGGUUGGUUUCUUGAUCCUUAAAUCCCUCCCCAUGACCACGUCGAGGCCCAUGGACGUGGACCUGAUCUUCACGUCGGUGUCGGCGACGACGGUUUCGAGCAUGAUGGCUGUGGAGAUGGAGACCUUCUCCAACUCCCAGCUCCUGCUCCUAACCCUCCUCAUGCUUCUCGGCGGCGAGGUGUUCACGAGCAUGCUUGGCCUGCACUUCACCUACGUCAAGCAGUCCAAGAAGAAAGGAGCGCCGCAUGACCACAGUGCCAAUAAGCUCAGCCCUGCUAUAGACGGCGACCACGACGACCCUACCACGGCAGAGAACCAGAUGGAGCAAGGGGGGCUGAAGAGCCAGCCGCUUUACGAUGGCGCCUCUCUUACCAGGCUGCUUCUGUUCCUAGUUUUGGUGUAUUAUGUGGUGGUGCACCUCACCGGCUACACGCUGAUGCUGGUGUACCUGAGUGUAGUCUCCGGCGCGAGAGCCGUGCUUUCCGGCAAGGGGAUCAGCACUUACACCUUCUCCAUCUUCAUCGUCGUCUCGACGUUCGCCAACUGCGGCUUCGUCCCAACCAACGAAGGGAUGAUCUCCUUCAGAACCUUCCCUGGUCUCCUCCUCCUGGUCAUGCCACACGUCCUCCUCGGCAACACUCUCUUCCCUGUCUUCCUGAGGCUGGCCAUCUGGGCUCUCCAUAGGGUCACCAAGAGGCCUGAGCUUGGUGAGCUUCGGAGGAUCAGGAGUCCAUGUCCAUGUGAUGGGGAUUCUGUAGCAUACGACCACUUGCUGACAUGCAGGCACACUUGGUUCUUGGCUCUCACGGUGGCCGUGUUCGUGCUGCUGCAACUGGUACUUCUCUGCGCCAUGGAGUGGGGCUCCCAGGGGCUGCACGGGCUCACCGCCGGGCAGAAGGUCGUGGCGGCGCUCUUCAUGUCGGUCAACUCCAGGCACGCCGGCGAGGCGGUCGUGGACCUCUCCACCUUGUCGUCAGCCGUCGUGGUGCUCUACGUGGUGAUGAUGUACCUACCACCUUACACUGCAUUUCUACCGUUAAAAGAGAGUGACAAACAAAUGGGAUCAGAGUCCGACCAGAAGAGCCGUAGCAUCUGGCAGAAGCUACUCAUGUCGCCGCUUGCAUGCCUAGCCAUCUUCAUCAUCGUCAUAUGCAUCACCGAGCGGCAGAAGAUCGCCGAUGAUCCCCUGAACUUCAGCGUCCUCAACAUCGUCGUCGAAGUCAUCAGUGCGUAUGGCAACGUGGGGUUCAGCACUGGGUAUAGCUGCGGCAGGCAGCUGAGGCCCGACGGCAGCUGCAGGGACGCGUGGGUUGGCUUCUCGGGGAAGUGGAGCAGGGAAGGGAAGCUUCUUCUAAUGGCUGUCAUGUUGUACGGCAGGCUCAAGAAGUUCAGCAUGCAUGGCGGUGAGGCAUGGAAGAUAGCCUAAGCUGAUAUUUCUCAUAGACUAGCUAGAUCUCGCUCCGAAGUA